CGUCGUGUCAAAAUGGCCGACCUUAAUAAAGAACUAAACGAAUAUCUUCUUAGUAGCAAAAAUGAGAAACAAUUUAAGCUGACCGUACCCUCGGUAACAAUACCAAAAGCAAAUAUUGGAAAAUGGUUUGGAAAAACCGGUGACGAAGAUGAAGAAGAAACAGGAUGGAUACAAGGGGCACAAAAAGAAUGUUGUCCUAGCAUGACACGACUACAAAGGUUAAUAGCAUUUAUUGUAUGUUUUUCUAUGGGUAUGCUCUGUUUUUGUCUCUCGGCAAUUUAUAUUCCAGUUUUGUUACUGAAAGCGAGAAAAUUUGCGCUUUUGUACACUUUAGGAAGUGCUCUCUUCUUAGCGAGCUUUUGCUUCCUUUUGGGUCCAUUAAGUUACCUGAAAUCAUUGUUCUCUGCUGAAAGAAGGUGUUUCAGUGUAUCCUAUUUUGCAACUCUACUAGGAACACUCUAUUUUGCCCUCCAUUUACAGUCUACACCAUUGACAGUACUGUGUGCUGUUUUACAGUUAAUAGCUAUGUUAUCCUUCUUAGCAAGUCAUAUACCCGGAGGAACAAAGGGUCUGAUGUUUUUUACAAGGAUGUUCAAAUCCUCUGUAAAUUCUACGUUACCUGUAUGAUGUAGCUGCAUAGGCAUCAAAUACAUGUAUACAAAAUGAAUAUUGUAUCUUUACUUUUGGCAAUUACAAAAAUUUCCAUAUACAAACAAUCUAUCUGCAGAUACAAUUCUUAUAUGGAUUCAGUAAUAUGGUAUUAUGUACAAAAGACUGAUUUUUCUAGUAACUAAUCUGACUGUAAUAUACACAAUAAAUUUCCAUUAU